GCAGCCCAGAUGUGCCGGGAGCAGCAGCGGCGGCAAGGAUGGAGCUGCCUCCCCGCCGCCGGGCGCCGCCGGACUCGCCGCUGGACAGCGCCUCCCUGACCUCGCUGGACUCCAGCGUCUUCUGCAGCGAGGGCGAAGGGGAGCCCCUGGCGCUCGGGGACAGCUUCACGGUCAACGUGGGCGGCAGCCGCUUUGUGCUCUCGCAGCAGGCGCUGUCCUGCUUCCCGCACACGCGCCUUGGCAAGCUGGCCGUGGUGGUGGCCUCGUGCCGGCGCCCCGGGACCUUGGCCGCCGUGCCCAGCCCCUUGGAGUUCUGUGACGACGCCAACCCCGUGGACAACGAGUACUUCUUCGACCGGAGCUCGCAAGCAUUCCGCUACGUCCUGCACUACUAUCGCACCGGCCGUCUGCACGUCAUGGAGCAGCUGUGUGCGCUCUCCUUCCUCCAGGAGAUCCAGUACUGGGGCAUCGACGAGCUCAGCAUUGACUCCUGCUGCAGGGACAGAUACUUCAGAAGAAAGGAGCUAAGUGAAACUUUAGACUUUAAGAAGGACACAGAAGACCAGGAAAGUCAACAUGAGAGCGAACAGGACUUCUCGCAAGGACCUUGCCCCACCAUCCGCCAGAAGCUCUGGAACAUCCUGGAGAAACCCGGGUCUUCCACAGCUGCACGCAUCUUUGGGGUCAUCUCCAUCAUCUUCGUGGCGGUGUCCAUCGUCAACAUGGCCCUGAUGUCAGCCGAGUUAAGCUGGCUGGACCUGCAGCUGCUGGAAAUCCUGGAGUAUGUGUGCAUUAGCUGGUUCACCGGGGAGUUUGUCCUGCGCUUCCUGUGCGUGCGGGACAGGUGUCGCUUCCUGAGAAAGGUGCCAAACAUCAUAGACCUCCUUGCCAUCUUGCCCUUCUACAUCACGCUUCUGGUAGAGAGCCUGAGUGGGAGCCAGACUACACAGGAGCUGGAAAACGUGGGACGCAUCGUUCAGGUUUUGAGGCUGCUCAGGGCUCUGCGCAUGCUCAAACUUGGCAGGCAUUCCACAGGCUUGCGCUCACUUGGAAUGACAAUCACGCAGUGUUACGAAGAAGUUGGCCUGCUGCUCCUAUUUCUGUCUGUGGGGAUCUCUAUAUUUUCAACUGUGGAAUAUUUUGCUGAGCAGAGCAUUCCCGACACAACCUUCACAAGUGUCCCUUGUGCGUGGUGGUGGGCCACGACGUCCAUGACUACCGUGGGCUAUGGGGACAUCAGACCAGACACCACCACGGGCAAAAUCGUGGCCUUCAUGUGUAUCUUAUCGGGAAUCCUUGUCUUGGCCUUGCCCAUUGCUAUCAUCAACGACCGCUUCUCUGCUUGCUACUUCACCUUAAAGCUCAAGGAAGCAGCUGUCAGGCAGCGUGAGGCUCUGAAGAAGCUUACCAAGAACAUAGCCACGGACUCAUACAUCAGUGUUAACCUGAGAGAUGUCUAUGCCCGGAGUAUCAUGGAGAUGCUUCGACUAAAAGGCAGAGAAAGAGCAAGUACUAGGAGCAGUGGAGGAGAUGAUUUCUGGUUUUGAACUCACUUUCAGUUCAUUUACAAAAGCUUGUGUGAAACCUACUUGAUUGAUAAAGCCUUGAUACGGAUGUCUGUA